UCGUGGCCCCCUUCAACCUUCAUCUUCCUUCAUCUUUCCGGUCGCGACCUCCCUCUAUCAACUCUUCUCCGAUUCAACUUCCGAUGAGACGAAUGGCGGUGGCUCAACCUUGAAAUGGUGAUGAAUGUUGAAGAUUUGUUGUUGAGUUCGCUAUGCUUGGUUACAGAUCCGUUGAAAUGAUGUUGUGUGGAAACUUAUGAUAGUGACAACAUCACUUCUUGUUCAGAGGUUUCAUUAUUAGUUAAACCAAACAUUUUUAUGCAUUUCAUUAUAUGAUACAAUUCCAUUUUACUUUGCUGUGUAUAUUUGAAGUUAAUGCUUCCUUUAGCUAUUGCAGUAGUAGCGUUUGUGUAUCCCUCCAACUAUACUCACUCAGGAUAUUGGUUUUCAUCGAUAGCUGCAAGGAGCCUAUUGAGCCAUUGUCAAUUGAAGAAGUAGCUGAACGUUGCCAUGCUCCAGAAGAUCUUGAAGUAAUUUACAAGAUCAUCGCGCAUAUGGCUGCCAAUGAAAGAGCACUAAUUGCUGAAGAUACUGGCCUUCAUAGCUAAGGAAAUUGUUCCUUUGCAGGAACUAAGUGGAAGUAAAUUGCAAAGUGACUCAAAUGCUAUACCACUAGUUUAUCAUGAGGGUUAGUAUUUAUGGUGAGGAUUCUCAACAAUUCCUUGUUGGGUUUGCGGAAAAUGUUCGUGCUGCAACCAUUGUGUCUGCAGCUGUGGUUCCACGUAUUACCGGUAAAUGACCUGAAACUCUUGCUUAAUAGUAUUUGUGCUGCUAUCGACGUCCACCACUGCCGAUGGUCCCAUUUGCCACUGUUCUUAACACCGACAACUAAUCUCUGAUUGACAUUGCUUUGGCGUUGGGUAAGUUCUUUUUUUUCUUUCAUUUUUUGGGAUUGUGAGAUUAGGAGCUGUUUUGAGACUGUUUUGCCACUGUUCUAAUGUUGAUUUUGAAUAUAACUCGAUUAUAAUUUUCGUGUUAUGAAUUCUCGUAAGAUCAGACUCAGAGUUGGAAGUUGUACAGCUUAUUCUCGUAAAAGCAGAAAGUUGAGGUUACUGAUAUAUCAGGCCACACCUAUCAAAAAUGAUUUUAGAUAGAACUGGUUUCUGCAUCAAGAUAUCUUCAAAAGCUGAGUCUCUUAUUUGGCGUAUCGAGAUUGAUGAGAAUGUGGCAAGAGAGAUUAUCAACCACAGGUCUCUUCGGCACCCGAAUAUAAUUCGCUUUAAGGAGGUGGUUUUGACUCCUACUCAUUUAGCAAUAGUGAUGGAGUAUGCAGCUGGAGGUGAACUCUUUGAGCAGAUAUGUAGUGCUGGACGGUUUAGCGAAGACGAGGUAUUUUUUCAGCAGCUGAUAUCUGGUGUCCAUUACUGUCAUGCUAUGCAAAUAUGUCAUAGAGAUUUGAAGCUGGAAAAUACACUGUUAGAUGGAAGCCCUGCACCUCGCUUGAAAAUUUGUGACUUUGGUUAUUCCAAGUCAUCUUUGCUUCAUUCCCGACCCAAAUCAACUGUUGGAACUCCCGCUUAUAUAGCUCCGGAGUUGGCUGAUGUGUGGUCGUGCGGCGUAACCCUUUAUGUCAUGCUGGUUGGAGCAUAUCCCUUUGAUCAAGAUGACCCGAGAAAUUUUAGGAAAACAAUUCAGGUAUGUUAUCCUUCCCUUACAUAUUUAUUCAAUGACUGA